AUUCUCAAGGGGCUAUCUGAAAACAUUUCUCUUUACGGCAACAGGACUGUGACCCUACAGUCUGGGAGUCGUUCCAUCCAAAAGGGCAAUUUGGUACUUCCUCGCGUUCCUACAGCUUAUUAGAGCCUAUGUUAUGGCUUGGCUCGGCCUGCGUGUAAUUUUAGGAGAAUGGCUCGGGCCUGUUGGAGCUAGCCGUUUCACCGAGGAGGAUUUGCGCCUGCUGUGGGACGGUGGAUACGCUACGUUGGAGGAUCUGGAGGCUGCGAGCUAUAGUGGACUUCGGGACGCCAAACUAAAACCCGCACGGGCAGACCAAAUUAUCCGCGCUCAAGGCGCGGCGGCUGGCCAGGGCACAGCACAAGCUGGUGAUGCAGUUGCGGCGGCUGGCCUGGGCAUGGGGAGCGCGGCAGGGGCCGGCGUUCGGCCAACGGUCUUCCUACGAUCUCCGCUCCCAGACGCGGCCCUGCCAUCCCGCUUUGACAAGCCUAGUCGCUCGCUGAAGAUAGAUCACGCGGAGCCCGUAGAUUGCAAGACCUGGGAGCAUGUGGCGCCGCAAGAACGCAUUCCCGCGCUCUUCGGCCGCUUGGCGGCCGCAUGUGGCAGCCACGCCACUGCUAGCGGCUUCCAAGCUAUGGGCGGGGCCGGCCAUGGUACAAGCAGCACGGAGGGCGGCGGCGGCGGCGGCGGCGGCAGCAGCAGCAGCAGCAACAGUGGGGGUGGCGGCAGUAGCUUCGACGCUGAGGUGCUCACGCUCAUCAUGCAUGCGGAUGACAUCUUCUGCAGCGCUGACGGCGAGCCUAUUCGGGUGCUGCUUCAGCAGCAAGGGCCGCCUGAAGUGCUCAUCAAUGAAGCUGUCGCCUGCUUCGGCACGCGCCCGCUGCUCAAGGUGCUGACCAUCCUGGUCAACGGCCUGUUGGAGCGGUUGCGUGGCGGCGCCAGUGCCGACCGCACUGCAGCGGCGGCAGCAGUGGGCAGUGGGGCAGCGGCGAAGCCGGCGCCCGCCGGUAUAACGCCUGGGGUGGAGCCGGCGGCUGCUGGUAGUGAUGCUGCGGCCGUGCCAGCUGCCAGGACUGGCCGCGUGAGCAGUGUUUAUUGGGGUGCUGAGAUGAGCCUUGAGAAGAUCCGCGAGGUGGCCAGCAGCCAGGAGGGUCUUGAGUGGCUUGUGCAGGGAGGGGGCGGCUCGCUGCGCCCAGACAUGCCGCUCAUUGUAGUCAUCUCGGAUGACGACGCGACCUGGCAGCAGUGCCGCAGCUUUGUGGAGAUGAAGGCGCCAGCACUGAUGCUGGAGGGCAGAACGCCGCGCUCGCUGGUGGACCUGUGGCUGAGCGGCGACACACGUGUUCGCGCCAUAUUGGCACAGGUGGGCCCCACAGCCCUCGCCCGAGCCCCAGCGAGCCCCAGCCCGAGCCGUAGCACUCGCCCGAGCCAUGCAGCUGCAUAAGCAGCAGACCGCCUCAAUGCGUUUGUGACGGCAUGCGCGCUACAGUUGCUGGGAUGGGCUUGUUCGCGUGGACGGAAGCGCGCACACUGUAGCCCCUCAGUGCC